AUGGUCAAGGAAACCAAGUACUAUGAUCUCCUCGACGUGACUCCCGAUGCGAGUGAGACCGAUCUCAAGAAAGCCUACCGCAAGAAGGCUCUCAGGCUGCAUCCAGACAAGGGCGGUGACCCCGAGCUUUUCAAGGAGGUGACCCAUGCCUACGAAGUCCUUUCCGAUUCCCAAAAGCGUCAGCUCUACGAUGCGCGCGGCGAGGCAGGUCUGAGCGAUGCAGGAGGCAUGGGUGGCAUGGAUCCUCAGGAUCUCUUCAGCCAGCUCUUCGGUGGCGGGUCGUUCUUCGGUGGCGGCCCCUCACGCUCACAAGGACCGCGCAAGACAAAAGACCUUGUCCACCGAGUGCACGUCACCCUCGAAGACCUCUACAAGGGCAAGACCACCAAGCUCGCCCUCACCCGCAACGUCAUCUGCGCCAAGUGCAACGGCAAGGGCGGCAAGGAAGGUGCCGUCAAGUCCUGCAACUCGUGCUCUGGUCGCGGCGUCAAAGUCACUCUCCGCCAGAUGGGCCCGAUGAUCCAGCAGCUCCAGCAGCCGUGCGACGAGUGCAGCGGCACGGGCGAGAUCAUCAACCACAAAGACAAGUGCAAGACGUGCAACGGCCGCAAGGUCAUCUCGGAGAAAAAGAUGCUCGAGGUCCACAUCGACAAGGGCAUGCGUGGCGGGCAGACAAUCAACUUCCGCGGCGAGAGCGACCAGGCGCCAGGCGUCACGCCGGGCGACGUGAUCAUCGUCAUCGAGGAGAAGCCGCACGAGCGGUUCAAGCGGCAGGAGAACGACCUCUUCCUCGAGCAGGAGGUCGAUCUCUUGACCGCACUCGCCGGUGGCCAGUUUGCGAUCAAGCACCUCGACGACCGCGUGCUCAUGGUCAAUAUCACGCCUGGUGAAGUACUCAAGCACGAUGACCUCAAGGUGAUCCGCGGCCAGGGUAUGCCAUCACAGCGACACCACGAACCCGGUGACCUGUUUGUCAAGAUAUCGGUCAAGUUCCCGGAUUCGAUUCCGCUCGAAUCAGUUCCUCUGCUUGAGCAGGCGUUGCCACCGCGCCAGGCGAUAGAGAAGUUUGACAAGGGCCUGGCGGUAGAGGAGGUGGAGCUGGACGAGGUGGACCAGCGACAACGGGAGCGGGCAACAGGCGAGGACGCGAUGGACGAGGACGAUGAGCAGCCACGGGUGCAGUGCGCGAACCAGUAG